UCCGCAGCAAACGUAGCUUUUGCGGUCUCGUGCGUUCUUGGUUUUCGAAUAAAAGCGGAAAGUGCGAAAAAGACCGCUUGUUUUGAGAUUUCCCACGAGUAGUUGGUGCAGAACCUAGAUGAAGCGAUAAUGAGCAAUAACUACUACUAUCAGAUCAUAGUUGUGACGGCGCUCAGCAUCAGCAUCGUUCUCAGUUGGUCAACGGUGGAGGCCGUUCGUUACGUGCCGAAAUGGAAGAAACAGGCCUGCGAACUUCCGUCCGCACAGAACGAGUACUCACAUUACGUCUGCGACGACAAUGGUGAUGUUAAGUGUCUUCCUGGUUGGACAGGAGAUCUUUGUGAUGUACCCAUCUGUAAAAAAGGUUGCGAUCCGUUGAACGGAUAUUGCAAACGACCGAACGAGUGCCGCUGCAAGCUUGGGUUCUACGGGGACAACUGUAACCGUUGUAUUCCACUACCAGGGUGUCAACAUGGUGGCUGUCAGAUGUCAUUCGAAUGCGUUUGUCACAAGGGAUGGGAUGGAAUCUUCUGCUCGGAGCCUAUUUGUCGAUCUGACUGUCACCCUUCUCGUGGCUACUGUGAGAAACCAGGGGAAUGUCGUUGUCGUCUUGGUUGGUCUGGUCCUACUUGUCGUGAUUGUCAGGUUCUACCGGGCUGUCAGCAUGGAACUUGUACGAAGCCACUGGAAUGCAAAUGUCUCCCUGGCUGGACCGGUAUACUGUGUCAAACUCCUAUCUGUGCCAAUAACUGUAGUCGUGAUCAUGGAUACUGUCGACGUCCUGGAGAAUGUCGCUGCCGUAUCGGUUGGAUGGGAGAUGAAUGUAGUAAGUGCCAUCCAUACCCGGGAUGUAAAAAUGGAGACUGUCGACGACCAUGGGAAUGUACCUGCAAACCUGGUUGGGGGGGAAUGUUAUGCGAUGAAGAACUGAACUACUGCGAGAAGAACCCGAAUACAUGCCAGAACGGAGGAAAAUGUACUUCACUCAUUAAAGAUGAUGGUUUUUAUAAGUGCGAAUGUCCAUCAGGCUACAAAGGAAUGAAUUGUGAACUGCUUCCACUUUCAAUGAUGACUACGACUGUAGCAACAACAAGCACUUUUGAUACUACGACGGUUGAUAACGAACAAAUGACAAGUUUACGGUUGCAAAUCGGUAAUGUGACGACUCAAUAUCCCGGAGAAUACCUUAGUGAUGAAUUUAGCUCCGAAGACGUUGACAAUGAGGCCUAAGCAAACUAGAUUCGCCUAUCGAAUAUUACUGAGCAAGCAUUUACAAAAUAUUUAUAAUUAUUUAUUUACAAUACAUAUUUAUUGAACAAUGCUCCAUUCAAAAAAAAAUUAAGCCUCAUUAAUCA